AUGGCCAAGCUCGACAACAAGGCGUUUUCGGCUACUUUGCUCCUUCCAAAGACUCCUUUUAAGCUAAGACAGGAUUUGAAAGAGGUUGAGACCAAGUACGAGAAGCUGACGUGUGAGGACUUGUAUCGGUGGCAAUGGGAGAACGCGAAGGGCCCGCUGUUCGUUCUCCAUGAUGGACCACCAUAUGCCAACGGAGAUUUGCAUAUGGGACACGCCUUGAACAAAGUGAUAAAGGACAUCAUCAACCGUUUUCACGUCACUCAAGGCCGCAAAGUCCAUUAUGUACCAGGAUGGGAUUGCCAUGGACUGCCGAUCGAGAAUAAGGCAAUGAAGGAUAUGAAACGUAAUCCGCUGGAAACGCCUCCCUCGAUAAUUCGAGAAGGAGCCAAGGCAACUGCUCUUCGGGAGAUCGACUCUCAACGGGAACAGUUUCGCCCGUUGGCGGUCAUGGCCGAUUGGUACUCAAGCGAGCGGACUUAUCGAACCUUGGACCGACAUUAUGAGAUGCGACAACUAAGGAUAUUCCAGCAGAUGGUUGCCAAUGGGCUAAUCUAUCGUCAACACCGUCCUGUUCACUACUCUCCGUCGUCACGUUCUGCACUGGCUGAAGCAGAAUUGGAAUAUAAAGACGACCACGUCUCUCAUUCUGUGUAUGUCGGGUUCGAUUUGGAUGUGCGGAGCCUCAAGCUUUCCGACUCUGUUGCUCAAGAGCAUUUGAAUUCUGCGCCUAAGGUUCAACUUUUGGUCUGGACGACAACUCCUUGGACACUGACAGCACAUAUGGGUAUCGCUGUGCACCGAACGUUGCCUUACCAUAUGGUCAGACUCGAUGAAGGAGAAAACGAUGGAACAAUCGUCUUCAUGACGGACAUCCAGCCCGAGACACUUGAGAAGCUCUUAGGACGGCACACCGUUCUUGGAGCGAUUACCGGUGAUGGCUUGAUCGGGACAACGUACAAACAUAUCUUUCCGGGAUCUACCAAGAGCUUCAAGGUCAUCCACGCACCUCACGUCACCAACGAAACCGGAACAGGUCUCGUCCACUGUGCGGCGGCACAUGGAGCUGAGGACUACAGCGCCUUCCGUUCCUUGGGCCUCCUCAAUCCCUCCAAUACCGACGACCUUGUCUGUCAUGUCGACGGCAAAGGGCAAUUCACGCCUGACGUUGCCGACGUCGUGGGCCAGGAAUAUGGGAAGAGACUGACCGGCAAAGAGGUUCUGGGUGAUGGCAACAAGGAAUUAGUCAUGAUUCUCAAGGAAUUAGGCAAGGUCUACAAGGUUCAGCGAAUCAAGCAUCGGUAUCCUUAUGAUUGGAAAACGAAUGAGCCUAUCAUUGUUACAGCAACCUCUCAGUGGUUUGCUAACCUAGACAAGAUCAAGGACGAUGCUCUCAAGGCACUGAAGUCUGUAUCUUUCUUCCCAGAUGUUUCUCGCAAUCGUCUCGAAGCGUUCGUUCAAUCUCGGUCAGAAUGGUGCAUAUCUAGACAACGUGUCUGGGGUGUACCCAUCCCAGCUCUGCACCACAAGGAAACAGGACGCGCUGUCCUUGAUGCAUGUACCCUCGAUUUCAUCCUGAAUGCCAUGGAAUCCAAGAACCUUGACUGGUGGGACGCGCCUAUCGAGCACUUCGUCCCGCCUUGGCUUUUGGAGGAGGGCAAGACCGCUGCAGAGACAUGGGAGAAAGGUCGUGAUACGAUGGAUGUGUGGUUUGACAGCGGCUCCUCGUGGUCAAUGCUUGCAGAGAUGGGUGUUGGCCGUACAAGUGAGAAAGGCAGGAAGUUCGAUGCUGAUCUCUGCCUAGAGGGGUCGGACCAGCAUCGCGGAUGGUUCCAAAGUCAGCUGCUGACAGCUGUAGGGUCAAGAGAUGCUAGUGCUGGAGGUGAUGCGACAAGCCCUUAUGGUGCUUUGAUCACGCAUGGCAUGGUCCUGGACGAGAAGGGCAAGAAGAUGAGCAAGUCGUUGGGCAAUAUCGUUAGUCCGAUGUCGAUUGUUCGAGGAUCUCCGAAUGGCAAGAAGGAACCAGCCUGUGGCGCGGACGUGCUGAGGCUCUGGGCUGGUACUGUCGAAUACUGGAGAGACAUGGCUAUUGGUCCAACAGUUAUCGCACAAGCAGUUGAGUCCUUACGCAAGCUAAGAAACACCGCUAGGUUUUGCCUUGGAAAUAUGGGCGAUGCAGAGAGGAUGGCGAAUAUGGCGAGAGUACCGAGAGACGAGAUGGGCUUGGUCGAAAGAUAUGUUAUGAAUGAAUUGUAUAAUUUGGAACAGAUUGCAUUAGAUGGCUAUGCUACCUAUAAUUUCCCAAAAGUCAUCAAUGCCCUCAAUAAUUUUGCCAACAUCACGAUGUCGUCGCUCUACUUCGAUAUAACCAAGGAUAACCUUUAUGCUAAUGCCAUUGAGAGCCAGGAGCGCAGGGCCGUUGUAACAGUGUUGGAAAAGGUCUUGGGUACCAUGACGAACAUUAUGUCCCCAGUCUUGCCAUAUCUCUCAGAAGAAAUCCAUGAUACCUGGAAAGGUGACGGAAAAUCUGUCUUCAUGACGUCUUGGGUACCUCUGAGUGCGGAAUGGAAAGAUCGUCAAGCCUCCGAAGACAUGGCCAAUCUGCUUCACGUUCGUGGAAUAGUCCUUGCACUAUUGGAGAAGGCUCGGACGGCCAAGGAGAUCAAAAGUGCUCUGGAAGCUGAGGUGGAUAUCAUUGUUCCCGAUGGCGUUUCUGAAAAUGCCUUCGUCAAUACCUUAACGCGUGAAGAGAAUUUCCUGAAGACACUGUUCAUUGUUUCUGAUGCUUCAAUCAUGGAUGAAGGCUCACUAGGCACAACCUCACCGGAGUGGCUGUACUCAGAGACAGUCUCGGUCCCAGGUUCAGAUGAUGAUAUCGCCAUCCGUACGAUGUUCUCUGUGGACGGUGUAAAGACGUUGUAG